CAUCUGGCCCGACCCAGAUAUCAACACCACAACUUUAUAAUUCUAUUUCCCACUGUCUCUUUUCCCUUCUUUGCUGCUGCAAAACCUAGGGUUAAGAGUUUUUCUUAGGUUUUCAGCCGCUUUCUGCACACAAUGGUUCUUCAAAACGAUAUUGAUUUGCUGAAUCCUCCGGCUGAGUUGGAGAAGAGAAAGCACAAGCUCAAACGUCUUGUUCAGUCACCAAAUUCUUUCUUCAUGGAUGUCAAGUGCCAAGGCUGCUUCAACAUAACAACUGUGUUUAGCCACUCUCAGACAGUUGUGGUAUGUGGUAACUGCCAGACAGUGUUGUGCCAACCAACAGGUGGGAGAGCGCGGUUAACGGAAGGGUGCUCAUUUAGGAAGAAGGGAGAUUGAAUGGUGCAGUAAUCAAGGUUUUCUUCUUCCUCCUUUAGGAAGAAGGGAGAUUGAAUGGUGCACUCAGAUUGAAUGGUGUAGUAAUAAGGUUUUCUUUAUCUAUAGUGAAGAGUUUUUGUGUUAGAAGAGUUUUUUUUUUUUAUAUGAAAUCAAUUUUAAAUGCGGUAUUAAUUUUUGUUAUAUUACAUGUACUAUCCAAUCUCUUUUUAUUAUAGUUUUUGGAUAUUUAUUUUACAGAUUUAUUAUUGAAUGAAUAUGGUUCACUUUGGAUA